CAUAUAUUGUACAUGUCGUCCUUCUUUGCAGCGAUAAAGGUUUAAGGAUUCUCCUUAAAAGCGGCUCUGUCACCACUUUCCCCCGUCGCAGAUACUGCAAGCAGUUGCUGCAUAUUUUAGACAUGUCUACAACUGCAUCGUCUAUCACAAGCGACGUAGCUCCUGCAGGAUUCGUGCCGAUAUUGGACGACCAACUCUUUGAACAUGGUGAACGCUUGAAAGAUAAAGUUGUAAUCAUUACUGGUGCUGCCAGUGGUAUUGGGAAGGAGGCGGCUAUUCGCUUUGCCUCGUUUGGCGCAAAGAUCGUCAUCGGUGACCUAGAUGUCGUUGGUGCUGAACAGACAGUCUCCGACAUCGUAGCGUCCGGAGGGCAAGCAACUGCUCGAAAAUGCAACGUUACUAUGUGGGAUGAUCAAGUGGAGCUUUUUGAGCUGGCUAUCCAGAAGUAUGGCUCGGUAGACGUAGUGAUCCCUAACGCUGGUAUCGGAGAGCCGGAAAGCUUUUUGGAAGUCAAACUUGACAAAACGGGGAGACCUCAGAAGAUCAAUCUCCCUACGGUUCACGUCAAUUUGACUGGUGUUCUGUACUCUGUUCAUCUUGCCCAACAUUACCUCGUUGUCAAUCGGAAACCUAAUACUCAACCGUUGAAGGCAAUAGUUCUUAUAGGUUCCAUGGCGUCGUGGCAAGCGUUUCCUCUGGCGCCAACUUACAGUGCCUCGAAACACGCCGUUCUAGGACUUAUGCGGUCUUUGGAUCCGAUCUUGACACUACGUGGCAUCCGUAUUGCUUGUAUCAAUCCUUUCUUCGCGGAUACCGGCAUACUCCCGACACCCUUGAAGGUGUUCUUGGCUGGCUGUCCUCUCACUCCGGUGCCUCGCAUUGCAGGGGCAAUCAUUUACGCUGCAUCUCAUCCUGACCCGGCGACGAGCGGAUGUGCGUAUGUCCUGCCCGAUGAUGGACCUGUGUUCAAGGUCCCUAGAGAGGAAUUUAAGGCGGGGGUUUAUCAACUAUUGGAAGGAAAAUUGCAGAGUAUAACAGGCAUCAUCUACGCUAUAAAGUACGCAACAGACAUUGUGAAGAUUGUUGCGAAACCGCUUUUCGCGUCAGUAAUAGCUGUAGGUCUUGCUCGCGUACUUUGGUUCAAUCGCGAAACCCUAUGGACAUCUCUGCAUAUCUGAUUUGUGUUAUGGGUAGUCUGUAUGAUAUAUAUUCUCGAUCAGGCCUGGGUAAUUGCAGUUGCAAAUAUAAUCAACGUUUUCUUUGCUGGAUGGCUUCAAAGUUU